CAUCAGCUUUACUCUCGAGGAUAGGUGCAGAGGGUGUUGACGCGUGGUGGGGAUCGGGGAGAGUGCUAUUUCAUUCCCCAAAGCACCCGCUGCAUCAGCGUUGUGGUUCUCUUAUUGGAUUCAAUAGAAGAGAACGAGGCCGGAUGCAGUCAGAUAGACCGCGACAUCGUGCUGCCGGUGCUGCAGGAGGAGCGGGAGGAAACAGCGGUAGUGUGGGUCGCACCACACUGGUGUGGCUGGCUGUGAUCGGAGCUAUUUCUGCUGUUGCCGGGCCCGUUCUCCUGUCCCCCUACGCCAUAAAGUCGGUGGGGGAGGGCUCGGUGGGAGUGCUGCGCUUCGGCGGGAAGGUGCUGGACGAGAUCAAGGCCCCCGGCUAUCACUUUGUCCUGCCGUUCCUGUACGAGCUCAUCGAGGUCCCGGUGAACGUCAGGACCACGGAGGUUCGGCAGGUGCCCUGCGGCACGUCCGGGGGCGUUUUGGUUUACUUUCCGUUGGUCGAGAUCAUACACCGCCUGCAUCCCGCGAGCGUGGUCAGCACACUCAAAGCGUACGAAGAUUACGAGCAGGCAUGGAUCAUCGAUCGUGUGCGGCACGACGUAAAGCUGCUAUGCGCCCGCCACAGCCUACACGAGGUGCACAUCGACAAGUUCGACCAGCUCGAUGACAUGCUGGAGACUGCAUCGGCGUGGGUGCCGGGACUGAUGAUCGUCGCGGCGCGCGUCGCCAAGCCCACCAUUCCUUCUCAGCUGCACGGCGACUUUGUCCGCGUGGAGGAAGAGAUCUCCAAGCUCAAGGUUGCCCAUCAGCACGAACAGCUCGUGGUACGGAACGCGGAAAUGGAGCGGUCGAGACAGGUCAUGGCUGCAGAGAAUGACCGCGACAUCGCGAGGAUGACGAUGGACCGACAAGUGGAGGAGACGGAAGCCGACCUGCGCAUUCAUCGAAUACAAGACGAAAUGCAUCUGACACGCAGUAAGGACCACGCGGACGCCGCUAGCUACUCCAAGCUUCGAGAGGCGGAAGGUAACGAGCGACGACUAUCCCCCGCUUUCUUGGAGCAGGCGAGACAAAAGGCUCUCUACCAAAACCUCGAGGCGUACUAUGGCAACCGAAUGCCGGAGUAUGUCAAAGUAAACAGCAACAGCAACCGCCUGGACGGCGGGGAGGGUGGCAGCGUCGGUAGCGAGGCGGCGCGAGGCGCAGCAGCAUUUUGGGGAAGGGGGGGGCACGGAUAGGGUUUCUCGACGGUGGCAGCGGAGUAGCCGCAGGUGUUGCGCCACUGCCGCCGCCGUCGCCGCUGUUUUCGUCGUUUACGUCGACCACGACCUUCCUCAGCACGAGCAGGGGCUUGGGUUCUGAGGCGGCCUUCCCCUCUAGCUGGUGGUUGCUGAUCACCAGCAUGGCUUUCCCCUAUAAAAUCGUAGCGUGUUGUUUGGUGAUGUAGCGGCGAGGAGAGGGACGGGGGCUCAGUGUAAAACCGCAUAACCUUGCAUCUGAACAAUGUCGGAACGGGUCUCGGGUUUCCGCUAGUCGCGCAGGAAGAGUGCAGUCGUUCAUGUCCCUCGGUCGACAUUGAGUCACGAUUUUGCCGCAAUCGUUUUCGCAAGUUCAAGUUUCUUUUUCGCUUCAGGGCUCAUCGAACUCCAACGGAUACGCAACGAAACAGUUACAUAUUCAAUAAUAGGUUUACGAGGGAAACCACCAGAAUUAUUAGAAGUUCAGCGGGGGGCAAUGUUCGUGUGAGUGCGUAUGUAGUCGGAUCUGUACACGAUAUGACUGUUUCAGGUGCUCCUGCAUAUAGGUAUGCCUUGGGUAGUACGACCAGAGAAUGAUUGUGCGGAGCCCCCACAACAGCUGGCGUGAGUGUGGCACUCCCUGCUCUUUCCCC